AUGGCGGCAAAAGGCUCAAAGAUGGGGACAUACCUCAAGAUGCUGGCCACCGGCGCCGUGGUCUGUGUAGGAGGACCUGCAUUCGUAUUUUGGAUCCAGCCGACCGACGAGGAGCUCUUUAAGCGAUACAGCCCCGAGCUGCAAAAGAAGAGCCUGGAGAGGCGACACGAGCGACAGCAAGAGUUUGACGACUUUGUCAACCAGUUGAAAGACUUUUCAAAGUCGGACAAGCCGAUAUGGACGGUGCAAGAGGAAGCUGCUAGAGCAUACAGGCUGGAGAGGUUACGCGAGGACGCGAGGGUCGCCGAGGAGGCCAAGGCGCAGAAAGAGGCCAUGCGAAAGGAGUCGGGGCUAUCGGGCAGCUCAUAA